CUCCAUUUGAGCCCCAUCUUGAGCGAGGGGAGUGAGCAGUUUGAAAUUCAGCUCCUUCGGCGGCGCAGAGGAACGGAGCGUGCGCGGCGCUUUUCAGAAAAGGGGGAAAGGAGCCCGGCCGCUCCGCCUCGCUGCCACCUGGCUCUGCAGUCGGGGAAACUGCUUUGGCGGCACGGAGCAAGCGACCCCGCCGCGUCUAGGAGGCCCGCCCGCCUGAGGGGGCCGCUGUGACCGGACUCGUUCUCGUCCCCUCUUUUCUCUCCUCCCCAGAAGAUGAUGCGUCUGGUGCUGAUCUCCAGGUAGAGCGGGGAGGCAGGGCGGCCUGCGCCUCAGGGACGCCUCGCCGGCUGCCGCCGCCGCCGCCGCCCCUCUCCGAAAGCUUGCGGACGGAUCAGCGGCGUUGGCCCGCCUUGGGAAUCCCGGGUCUGGCCGGAAGCCCGGCAGCGGAGCGGCUUGAGUGAUAGCGCCACCCCGGCCGCGCAACCCGAGAACGGCUGUGAAAGGAACCUCAGCUGCCAAAGGGGACAGCGGAACUCGCGGAGAGGCGAGAGGAGGAGGAGGAGGAGGAGGUGGCGGCACCGCCGCCGCCUGCCCGCCAAGGCGCCCGCCGCUUUACUCAAGGGGAGGAAGAGGAGGAGCUCGGCCACCGCCCCCCUUCCCUUUUUGCCUCGUCUCCAACCCCAGGCCUGGUGACCGCCUGCUGAGCCCGGACUGCGUCGGGAGGCCGGAGGAAUGUGCGAGACGGCCAGCGACUGCGCCGUAGAGAGAACGUGAUCUCCUCCUCCUCCUCCUCGUCCUCGCUACGCCCGGCCAGGCUCGUGUGGUGGCCAGCUCGGACCCCUUUCAAGGUCCUCACCUAGUUUUCGUCGACUCCGGCGAGGGCAGGUGGGCGGAACCCGCGUCUCUCUCGCGAAGGAACCAUGUCCAAGAUGCCGGCCAAGAAAAAAAGCUGUUUCCAGAUCACAAGUGUGACGACGGCCCAGGUGGCUAGCAGCAUCACGGAGGACACCGAGAGUUUGGACGACCCGGAUGAAUCCCGCACCGAGGAUGUUUCAUCAGAGAUUUUCGAUGUGUCCCGUGCUACCGACUAUGGACCUGAAGAUGUGUGUGAGCGCAGCUCCUCUGAGGAAACUCUCAACAAUGUGGGUGAUGCUGAGACUCCAGGGACAGUCUCUCCCAAUUUGCUUCUGGAUGGCCAAGUUGCUGCUGCUGCUGUUGCUGCAGCUUCUGGAGGGAUACAGCCGCCGCCUUCUCCUGCUGUGCCUGUUGCCAAUGGAGGAGCGGUUCCCAGGAGCACUGUGAUGCCUUCAGCGACUGCCAGCCAAGCCUGCUCAGUAGCGACAGGAGGCAGCAGUGUGCAACCAGCUGCUGGUCCGCCAGCCAUGCCUCUAACAGCUGCUGCCGCAUGCAGUUCUCGCUUCAGAGUGAUCAAGCUAGACCAUGGUACUGGAGAGCCGUUUAGACGGGGACGAUGGACGUGUAUGGAAUACUAUGAUCGGGACUCGGAUGGUGGGACUGUGUUAGCCAGGACUGGUGAUUGCAUUAGACACAACAGUACUUUCGAACAAGUUGUUCAAGAUAGGGACAGUGGCUUAGGUGCUACUGGUAGUUCGUUGAUUGUCUCAGGUGUGGCAACUUCUGUGCAUGGCCCUGACUCCUUAGCUGACAGUUCUGUUACUGCUGUUUCACAGUUACUCCAGCCAGAGAAAAUAAACCAGCCCUCUCCACAGCAGCCUAAUUUUGUUAUUGGCCAGCAGCCUCACAGUAAUGCUCAGCCAAUCUAUUCAGGAGCCACAGUAGCAGGCCAGCAGGUGAUGGGGCCUCUGUUGCAGACACAGGUAAAUGCACAGAGCAUGGGGCCAGCUGGGCCUAAUGGGAAAGGCUUACCAUCUACGAAUGUAGCAAUAGCUCAGCCAGGUUUGCCUAUGCCACAACAGCAAGCAAAUGUACCAGUGGCACAGACUCAGCAGUUUGCUUACUCUCAGUCACAGAUGACACCAGUACACAUGGUGUCAGCCCAGACUCCUGGUCAGCCAGAUUACAUUCAGCAUAUGACAGUAAUGCAGUCUCAAGGAACUACACAACAGGCUGCUUCUGGCUCAGUCACAGGCACUGGAGCUUCCAGUCUUCCAGCAGCACAGGUAGUUGGUCAGAAUCCUCCACCUCUAGCACCAGUGAUGGGAGUUGCUUCACCAGCAGGCGAAACAAUAGGACAGGGAUCUGGGCUAAUGCAGGGUGGCCUGACAACUCCACUUCAGACUGUAAUUUCUCAACCAGGAGGUGUGGUACAGCAAGGCAUUGGACAUGCAGGGGCUGUUCAACAGAAAUCCAUGACUCAGCAGCAAAUGGGUGGAAGCAGUCAAGUGGCUGGUACUCCACACAGUAUAGUCUCCGGAGUUCAGAAUGUGCCUGUAGCUGUACCUGGUACUACUGUGCCUAAUGUGUCUACAACUUCUGUUACUAUGCCAAAUGCCUCUGUUACUUUAGUCCAAUCUCAGCUGACCAGCCAUACAACUGUCAGUAGAAGUUCCAGUGUUGUCCAGCAACAUAUUGGCCUUCCAUUAAUGCAAGGCACAAGCAGCGUACCUACGAAUAUACCACAAUCUAACAUUGGACAAUUUCAGACACAGCCUUUAGGCCAGAUUGAUGAUACUAGAAGAAAAUCUGAACCCCUACCUCAACCACCACUUUCUCUUGUUGCUGAAAACAAACUUCAUGUGAAGCCACCUAUUCCGGACAGUUUAACAAACCCUCUUAAUUUACCUGCAACUACUCCUAUGAACAGUCUUGCCAGCACUGUCUUUGGCAUAUCUAUUCCUGUUGAUGGUGAUGAAGACAGGAAUCCUUCAACUACUUUCUACCAAGUGUUUCAUUCGAACAAGUUACAGGAAUCAAAGAACCUCUGGGAUAGUGCAUCUGGUGGGAGUGUUGUAGCCAUUGAUAACAAAAUAGAACAGGCAAUGGAUCUGGUGAAAAGCCAUUUGAUGUAUGCAGUCAGAGAAGAAGUGGAAGUACUGAAGGAACAAAUAAAAGAAUUAGUUGAAAGAAACUCUUUACUUGAACGGGAAAAUGCACUGUUAAAAUCUCUUUCAAACAAUGAUCAGUUAUCACAACUUUCAACCCAACAGGCCAAUCCAAGUAGCACUUCUCAACAGCAAACAGUGAUAGCACAGCCUCCACAGCCAGCGCAACCUCCACAGCAGCCGAAUGUCUCCUCAGCAUAAAGCUUUCUUGCCUCAUUAAGAACUGAAAGCAAUCUGUCCUUGUGUGCCACUGGUCUUCUUUCCACUUUAUAUGAAAGCAGGUAGCCAUGCUUCAGUUGUGUGUUUUGGCCUUUUCAGUAUUAGACAAUCAUUCUGCAAGCGCUUUCCCUCACUGAGAUGUCAUACAACACAGUUGGUGUCCAAUUAUGCCAUCAGUGCACAAGGGAAAAUGUAGAAGGAGUUAUAAUGCAAAAAUCUGCAUUUGUUUGAUGCACAUGAGUGGAGGUCUUUAAGAGCUUUAGUAAGGCUCUUCAAGGUUUCCAUUACUCAUGGAUUACUUCGAGCCUUGCAUUU